UGUAGUAAUGUUAAGUUAUGUGCUAAUAGUUGGUAAUUAAUUCCUUAAUCAAACGAGCAUCAGUUUACCAUCAACAAGAACAAGUGGAAAAAUCUUAUGAAGAUUUAAAACGUGCAGAAAAUAUUGAUCCCAAUAGUUCAGAAGUAUUUCACCAUCGAGCUCAAAUUUAUUUAUUAGAAAUGAAUAGCGAGAAAGCAGUUGAAGACUUUAAACGAGCUGUGGAAUUAAMUCCUAAAUUUAUUUUAUCAAAUGUUCAAUGUUGUUAUGCUCAAUAUCUUCAUGCAAAACACACAUCUAAUGAAUUGGACACUGAAAAAUUCCUAAACAAGUUAAAAGGAUUUGUUAUUAAAUAUCCAGACUUUGCUGAAAGUUACACCCUAUAUGCACAAGCUUUGACAGAAAAAGGAGCAUAUGAAGAGGCAGAUUUGUUAUUCAAAAAGGUGUAUGAAAUAUAUCCAGAAAAUGCUACUUUAUUAGUACACAGAGCAUUGGUUGUAUUAUCAUGGAAAAGUUCGAUCACCGAAGCAUUCACCUUCCUCGAACAGGCUAUAAAAGUUGACCCAAAAUGUGAUUAUGCUUAUGAAACAUUGGGAACACUUUAUAUUCAAACAGGAAAAUUAGAAGAAGCUGUUGAAUGUUUGGAAAAAGCUGUACCUUUAUCCAAGUCUGAAAAGGAACUAUUACAUAUAUUUUCAUUGAGAGAUUCAGCAAGGGCACAGUUAGCAGUAGUUAAGCGUUUGGGAUUAACGCAGCAAUUAUAAUAAUUUUACAAACAGUUUCAUCUUUACAUCUUUAUAACCAUCGUUAAAUAAAAUAAAGAACCUUAGCUUUUUUUAAAUUAA